UCGGUACCCGCGACACUGGGAGACUUAAUCCCUCAUGUCUUGCCGAUAACGUUUUAUCCUGUGCUCCGGCAAGUAAAGGACCCGUGGGUGUGUAGGCCACACGCUCUGGAAUCCUUGGAGCCCCUCCCCUCCCCCUCCAGCCGCUGCCGUGCAACUCCGUCUGGCUUCGAGGUCACUUGUUCCGUACCCUGGAGUGGCGCAGCUGUCAACUUUUCUGCUUCUACCCCAAAUUGCUCAUGUGGUCGCACCCGGAGCCGAGCCCUAUAAAAAUUGUUUUAACCUCGAGACAUGCUGGCCGACAUUGCCUCCGAUCCCACCUUAGUCCUCAGCUCUGUAUCAGAAGUGCUGUGCCUUUGGGAACCACAGCCAAAGAAGAGAUGGAGCAGUUCUGGAAUAAGAAUACAGGUUCAAAUCGUCCUGUAUCUCCCCAUAUCACUGUCUACAGUUGGUCUCUUCCCAUGAUGAUGUCUAUUUGCCAUCGUGGAACUGGUAUGGCCUUGAGUGGAGGGGUCUCUCUCUUUGGUGUGUCGGCACUGCUGCUCCCUGGGAAUUUUGAGUCUUAUUUGGAAUUUGUGAAGUCGUUGUGUCUGGGGCCAGCACUGAUCUACACAGCUAAGUUUGCGCUUGUCUUCCCACUUAUGUAUCACACCUGGAAUGGGAUCCGUCACUUGAUGUGGGACCUAGGAAAAGGCCUGAAGACUGCCCACCUCUACCAGUCAGGGGUGGCUAUCUUGGUUCUUACUGUGUUGUCCUCUGCAGGACUGGCAGCCAUGUGAAGAGCUGAAGGUCCCAGCAUCAUCUUCCUACAAAUUGAUUGUCACAGGCUGCUUUACCUUCCUGUUCAUCACUCAUCUCCAGCCAACAAAGUUAUCUGAUCUGUUUCUAUCCUUUUAUGUUUGCAGAUGCCCCUGGAGCUCAGACUGGCUUAUAAAACCACAGUAAUAAAAAGGGUCCAGUUUUUCCCUUGUUUCUCACGAUGGAAUGGCUAUAAAAACGCCCUUUUCUUGCCCACAGCUGACAGCCUACUCUGGGCCUUGAAGCCCUUAUUUUCUCUCUACAUUGGGCUUUGAUUUGUGCUGAGGGUCAGCUUUUGGCUCCUUCUUCCUGGGACAGUGGAAACAAUGCCAGCUCUGUGGCUUCUGCCACAGGGACUGGGAGUGAGGCUCUGGGUGCCACUGCCUGUGGGUUGCUGGCUUAAAGGACGGUUCUGUUCAUUGGUCAGAGUGCAGGGUCUUUAGCACCCACAC